UGGCGGGCCCAUCGGUGGCACUUCCUCCUUUACACCCCGUGACCCACGUCCGGCCCGCCGCCCUCAGUCACGCGGCCUCUGCCUCCGGGACGCAGCCCCGCGCGCCGGCCUUCCGGACUACGGACCCGUCGUGGUUAAUAACAAAAGGAGACGCACCUGGACUUUCCCCGGAGCCCUCUGCGUUUUUAAGCGUCGGGUGGAGUUAGGGGUCUUUUGGCUGUAAACCGCGCUUGUUUGAUGAAAAUAGAAAUCAGUCCUGCUCCCCUCAGCGAUAAACCUUAAUCAUUCGUGGCACUUGGAGGCGCACCCUGUUUAUCCUGAUUGGAUCUACCUGAAUCCGAACUAAAUCCCGUCUAACCAGUAGAGUGAAGGACAGUUCGUUACCUACCAGGAGUGUCUCCGACUGUGGGCUUCUCCCCCCCGGGUUGUUCUUUAAGCCACAAAAAGCUGCACCCAAGCUUGUUUGACGUCUGUCCUCUCAAGUGUCCAUGAUGCUGGGCCCCGAGGGAGGUGAAGGCUUUGUGGUCAAGCUCCGUGGCCUGCCCUGGUCCUGCUCUGUUGAGGAUGUGCAGAAUUUCCUUUCUGACUGCACAAUUCAUGAUGGGGCUGCAGGCGUUCAUUUCAUCUACACUAGAGAAGGCAGGCAGAGUGGUGAGGCUUUUGUUGAACUUGAAUCAGAAGAUGAUGUAAAAAUGGCCCUUAAAAAAGACAGGGAAAGCAUGGGACACCGGUACAUUGAGGUGUUCAAAUCCCACAGAACCGAGAUGGAUUGGGUGUUGAAGCACAGCGGUCCAAACAGUGCCGACACCGCCAAUGAUGGCUUCGUGCGGCUUCGAGGACUCCCAUUUGGAUGCACCAAGGAAGAAAUUGUUCAGUUCUUCUCAGGGUUGGAAAUUGUGCCAAACGGGAUCACAUUGCCUGUGGACCCCGAGGGCAAGAUUACAGGGGAAGCCUUUGUGCAGUUUGCCUCCCAGGAGUUAGCUGAGAAGGCCCUAGGGAAGCACAAGGAGAGAAUAGGGCACAGGUAUAUUGAAGUGUUCAAGAGCAGUCAGGAAGAAGUUAGGUCAUACUCAGAUCCCCCUCUGAAAUUCAUGUCUGUACAGCGGCCGGGGCCCUAUGACCGCCCCGGCACAGCCAGGAGGUAUAUUGGCAUUGUCAAGCAGGCGGGCCUGGAGAGGAUGAGGUCUGGUGCAUAUAGUGCAGGCUAUGGGGGCUAUGAGGAGUACAGCGGCCUCAGCGAUGGCUACGGCUUCACCACUGAUCUGUUCGGGAGAGACCUCAGUUACUGUCUCUCGGGCAUGUACGACCACAGAUACGGAGACGGCGAGUUCACUGUCCAGAGUACCACUGGACACUGCGUCCACAUGAGAGGGCUGCCAUACAAAGCCACAGAGAACGACAUUUACAACUUCUUCUCUCCACUCAACCCUGUGAGAGUCCAUAUUGAGAUUGGCCCUGAUGGAAGAGUGACGGGCGAAGCCGAUGUCGAGUUUGCCACUCACGAAGAAGCUGUGGCAGCUAUGUCCAAAGACCGGGCCAACAUGCAACACAGAUACAUAGAACUUUUCCUGAAUUCCACAACUGGGGCCAGCAAUGGGGCAUAUAGCAGCCAGAUGAUGCAAGGCAUGGGGGUGUCAGCCCAGUCCACUUACAGUGGCCUUGAGAGCCAGUCUGUGAGCGGCUGUUACGGGGCUGGCUAUGGAGGCCAGAACAGCAUGGGUGGAUAUGACUAGUUUUGCAGGAGCAUUUGAGUUACUGCAAUCAUUUUCACAGGCAGCCAACAAGCAGUGAAAAGCAAUUAUUACUCUAGAGGAAGCUGUGGGACCCAUUUUGCACCAUGAGUUUGUGAAAUCUGGAUUAAAAAAUUACCUCUUCAGUGUUUUCUCAUGCAAACUUUCUUCUAGCAUGUGAUAUUGAGUAAACUAAAACUAUUUUCAGCUUUUCUCAAUUAACAUUUUGGUAGUGUACUUCAGAGUGAUGUUAUCUGAGUUAAAGUAGUUUUAAGUACAUUAAAUGGAUCUUUUACACCACAUCACCGUGAACACAUUGGGGAGACGUGCUUUUUUGGAAAACUCAAGGUGCUAGAUCCCUGAUUCAAAGAGGAACAUUUCUCAUGUUUGUUCAUUCUAGUUUAUUUUCAUUUAAAAUCUUUUAGGUUAAGUUUAAGCUUUUAAAAAUAAGUUAGUUUUGAAAAUUGAGACACAUUACUAAUACUGUAGGAAUUGGUGAGGCCUUGACUUAAAACUUUCUUUGUACUGUGAUUUCCUUUUGGGUGUAUUUUGCUAAGUGAAACUUGUUAAAUUUUUUUGUUAACUAAAUUUUUUUCUUAAAAUAAAGAUUUUUUCACAAUGA